AUGAAACCCGGAUUCGAUUUGGACCCAACACUUUCCCUCCUAACGCUGACAGUCCUAAUCCUAUCACUCUGUAAAAUCCCAAACGCCAUCUCCCAAAACGACCAGCCUUACCAAACUUGCCGCCGGACGUUCGACUGUGGGGAUGUGCCGGAGAUAGGCUACCCAUUCUGGGGCGGCGACCGCCCCGAUUACUGCGGCCAUCAGAGCUUCGGGCUCACCUGCCUCGACAACACCCUACACCUAAACAUCUCGUCCGCCUCCUACCGAGUCCGCGAAAUUCAAAACAGCACCCAAACGAUGAGGAUAGCUCGAGACGAUUUAUGGACCAACUUGUGCCCGCCGGCCCCCCGCAACACGACCCUCGAUUUCUCACUUUUCGAAUUCUUCUCCGACUACGGCGACCAGAACGUGACCCUGUACUACGGCUGCCGCUCGCCGCUGGUGCCGCAGAUCCCCAAUCGGUUCAACUGCGGCGCCAGCGCGUGGGGAUACUACCUCACGAGGAGGUUGAUGGAGCAGUGGAGUAACGUGACCCUCACGUGCGGCGUCAACAUCGCGGUGCCGGUGAGCGAGCCGGCAGUGCGGGAUCUGGAGGAUCUGGCGGAGGGUUCACUGCAGCGGGCGAUCGAGGACGGGUUCUGGAUCCGGUGGCGGGCGGAUUACGAUAGGUGCGAGGGUUGUGUCGGGUCGGGCGGGUCGUGCGGUCGCGAUCUGCGUUCCGGGUCGUUCGCUUGUUACUGCAGGGAGGGAACUCGCGAUUCCACCUGCAAUGGCACGCGGAGUGAGGACGAAGGAAACAGCAAUAACUCGAAUUCAGGGAUUCGUAUUGGCCUCCCCAUAGGCGGUGCCGUACUUGCUGGUAUUGGCGUGGGAUUGGUAAUUUUCUACCUUAGGCAGCGAAGGAAGCAGCGUGUCGAGCGCCUCGGCUCUCAAUUGAACCGAACUGCGAGCAAGGAAAUCAGCACUCCCUGGAGCAAGCCUGUGUCUACUCCAUCUACCAAUUUCAGUAAAAGUGCCCUCUCGUUCACGACGACAUCAAACUCCGACCUCGAGUGGGGCAGCAUGUACUGUGGAGUCCAGGUGUUUGAUUACGCCGAGCUCGAAGAGGCUACUGACAAUUUCCAUUCUUCUAGAGUCCUUGGCGAUGGUGGGUUUGGCACGGUGUAUUAUGGAACGUUGUCGGAUGGGCGCGCAGUUGCCGUGAAGCGGCUGUACGAAAACAACUUCAAGCGCGUGGAGCAGUUCAUGAACGAGGUGAAGAUCUUAACGGGCCUCCGCCACAAAAACCUCGUCUCCCUCUACGGCUGCACCUCCCACCGCAGCCGCCAGCUCCUACUCGUCUACGAGUUCGUCCCCAACGGCACAGUCGCCGACCACCUCCACGGCCACCGCGCCUCGACUCAGCCUGCUUCCCUCCCUUUGCCCGUCCGCCUCAACAUCGCUGUCGAGACGGCCGAGGCUCUCGACUACCUCCACAAAUCCGACAUCAUCCACCGUGACGUGAAAACCAACAACAUUCUCCUCGACUCGGAUUUCCACGUGAAAGUGGCCGACUUUGGCCUCUCCCGCCUCUUCCCGACUGACGUGACUCACGUCUCCACGGCCCCACAGGGAACCCCGGGCUACGUGGACCCUGAGUACUACCAGUGCUACCAGCUCACAGAAAAAAGUGAUGUGUAUAGUUUCGGUGUGGUUCUGGUCGAGCUCUUAUCAUCACUCAUGGCAGUGGACACCAACAGGCACCGUCAAGACAUCAACCUGGCGAGCAUGGCAGUUAACAAAAUCCAGAACCGGGCUCUGGACGAGCUGGUGGACGAGAGGCUGGGGUUUCGAACAGACGGAGUGGUGAGGCGGGUGGUGACGUUGGUGGCCGAGCUGGCGUUCAGGUGCCUGCAGCAAGAGAGGGAGAUGAGGCCAUCGAUGGAGGAGGUGCUGGCAGGGUUGAGGCGAAUUCGGGAUGUGGGCUUGGGUGGUGGUGAUGCCGUGGAGGUUGUGGACGAUUUGGGCCCAUUGAGGGAGCUGCCGUCGCCGGAGAGUGGGUCGGGGCAGAAUUCUUGUGGGUGA